AUGGAGGCAAUCUUAGCAAAGGUCACCCAACAGGCUAUGAGCUAUGCUAUCCGAAGCGGCAUAGCAAUCACCAGCCACUAUGCGCUCAAGCAAUGCGGCCGACUGAUGAAGACGGUCGAUGGUCGAGAAAAGCAGAAACUCGCUACUCUGCAACUUAGACUCGACUCCAAGAUCAAGAUCAUUUCGCCAGCAAUCGACAUGAUCGAACUGAUAGCGGCACGCGGAAACACCUCGCUUGAGUCUGCGGUGGGUCUCACCAAAUCUCUUCGAUGGGAUAUCCAGACCUUAGGUAGUCGUGUCGAGAAGGCCGUCGCUGAAGAGCAGCUUGCAAGAAGAGGCAGCUCGAAAGCAAAGUCACGCGACCAAAACGACACCGAGCUCAAGAUCAUCAUCGAAGAGAUGAAGAGGCUGCUGGAGCGGAUCGAAGAUGCCGACAGUCGACGCGCCGACGAGGCUAAACACCCUCACAUCCCAUCCGACAGCGUACUGCAAGAGUUCGCUUACCAGCUGCUCAUCGUUGAAGACUUGGACGACGGCCGUAUGCAUGAGUUUGAAGAUGGCGAACCCCAGCCAGGACCAUAUGAUGGUGUCGAGCAAGCGGGCGUUCGUGAGAUCAUACCCAUACAUGAAGUGUCAAAGAUCUUCUACGCCGACACGGGCAAGAUACUGAACAUCGGUUCCGACAAUGAGAGCAACAACCCUAUCUUGUUACUGAAGCGAGACGUCAAUGCAGCACCGCCACGCCGCAUGAUGGAGCGCGAUGCCGAGGAACCCGGCUAUGAGUCGGACAACUCACAUACCGUUGCUGAAGAUGAGGAAGACCCAGAGCAAACAGAGUUGGAAGAGCAACUGCGACGCGAGUCGACACCGCACCUUGAAGAGCCCGCUCCGCAAGAGCCCACCCCACGAGAGCCCGAACAGCCUACAUACCCCUGGCGACUGCCUCCCACGCUGGACCUGGAGUGGAUGGCCUUUGAAGUCUACACCGAAGACCCCACCACCGACUCCGAGAUCGACGAAACAGAGGACCUCACUGAAGAUGUAUCUCCCCCAUCCCCAGCAGCCACACCAACACCACCCGACUUCCUCGGCCGCUUCUCCAACCUCAAUCUCCGGCCUAGCACACCUACCUCCCCACAACCGAAUUCCAGAAAUCAGAUGAUUCCCUCGCCGCAGAAGGCUUCUGCACCCACACCACAAUACCAGCAACAAGCACCGACGUCUCUCCCCGCUAUCAAGACGUCGCUCUCGCUCCUGGAAAUGCUCAUCCGUUUGACUGCUCUGCAGCAAUUUCAGCAGUCUUCCCACCUCGCCAUUCCAGAUGAGUUUCUCAACUUCUUCCUCUCGGAUAGUAGUACAGUGGGUGCCGGUGGCGAUGCUGAACUACGACGACGGGUAAGGAGAGAAGCGAGGAUGAGGGUAGGCUUCGAUCCCUACGACGAGAGUCCGAUCAAGAGGAGAGGAGAAGAGUACCUAGAGCACGAAUUACAUGAACACGGCCAUGACCAGGCCCACGACCACGACCGGGACGGCUGGACAGAUACGCCCACUGCGAACGACGGCAGAGGUUACGAUUACGAUAGCUAUCCCAUCGGUCAGCGGGGGUCAUCGCCCUACUCGCGCUCGCGGGGUAGUACACCAACUCCGUCCAAUUCUACGCCUAUGCCUUCCUCUGGCCAUCGUUCGAAACCAUCAGCCGACGUCUCGUUCUCGGGAAGACAUAGUCUGGGUAACGUCUCCUCGCCAAGUCCUCUCCUCAGACGAGCAACCACACAACCGGGUCAGCAUCUCAAUCAGAUGAAACAGCCCAACUUCUCGCGGAGGUCAAGUAAUAACACAGCGAUACCGCGCACAGGUAGUGUGCCGCCUGAUACGCCGCCUAGUAGCGUGGCGAGACCGAAUUAA